UUUACCCACUCCUCCUUAGCAACUUCUUUAUAUACGGCUUCAACAGAAGCGUAAUUUGUACCACGCUAUAGUACGAGUACAUUGUUGUGUUGUAAAUGAAACUAUAAACAAGAAAAAAAACACAAACAAAAAAAUAAAUACCUGUAAUUAAGCCACAAAGAAACGAAACAAAACAAACCACCGAGGCAACUUACAAAAUAUCCUUUACCUACAACAAAGAAACAAAGAAAAAUCAAGCAAAAAAUUAGCAAAAAUAACACGACAAAAUUGGUCAACAUGUCCAACGAAAGUAACAACCAACCACCUCAAUAUAUUAUAACAACGCCCAGUGAAGUCGAUUCCGAUGAAGUACGUUCUUUAAAUGAGCUUGAAAAUGCACAAGAUGCCCCCGGCACGGUAGUGGUGCAAUGUGAAACAUCGACACAGCAACAUCAACGACGUGUUGUUAGUCAAAUGUCUAGACAAAUAGCCAGUCGUUCGUUUUCCAUAGCAUCUGCUUCAAACUCCAUAUUAGAGGAGGGCUCCUCUCUGGAUGCUGAGCUUCAAAAACAACUACAACAAAUGCAAUCGCAACAACAACAAAUAUUUACCACACAGAAAACAAUUGCCACCAGUACCCGUUCACAAAGUUUACAAUCUUCGUCGGUAACUGGUGCCACAGGGGAAUUAGCUUUACAAUUAUCGGCUGCCGGUGGUGGUAAUUCAUUAACCACUUCCCAAUUAGGACAACAAUUAAAGGCACAAUCCAGCACUUCCAUAAUGAGCAGUGAACAACGCAUGGGUUUUAUGCAGAAAACCUCUUCAACCUCCUCCUCCACCUCGACAAAAUCGAAAUUUCAAAGUUUUCUUCAACAACCAGAAGCUGUUGGCCAUCCAGCCUCUGGUUCGGGUGCCUUUCUAACAGCUCAUCAAAAACAUGUCCGACAAUUUGUGCGCUCGACUUCGGCUCAUUCGGAAGCCGCCGUUUCUUUGGGUUCCUCACGACCAGAUAAAUGUAUACGCAGCGCUUCUACUCAAAUAGAUGAACCCACUUCCACCUACAUGGAUAGUGGUAAUGGCGAUCAUUUAACUGUGUCCACCAAUAAAUUGGGUCUUCAUCAAUCCUCGUCAAUUUUAAUAUCGAAAUCAGCUGAAACUAUAGAAAUGAAAUCGUCUUCACAGACUUCAUCGGCUGGCAUGCGUACACAGUUGACCUUAUCGGGUGGUUUAUUGGCACCACCAAAUCGUAAAAUUACCAUUUUGAGUCCUAUUCACGCUCCUCCAGGUCUGCAUGAUAUGCUAAAGAGAGCUGGCCGUUCACCUUUAUCGCCGCGUAUUAGUUUUCCCGGUAGUGAAGCGGAUUUAUUUGGGUGAGU